GUCGUCGCGAAUAUAGCCUAGACUACCUGGUCACUGUGUCCGAGUGAUUCGCUGUUCGGUGUAAGACGAGAAACGGUGCGCGGUAUCCGAUACCAGUGUGUCAGUGCAAUCGACUUCGUGCGAGUUUACCCAGCUGCAGAGGUGUUCCCCUCCUCUUCCUUCCCAACCCGAAUAUAGUAGUUCCUUGUCAAGUGACGACCAGCCACAUCUGGACACCAUGACCACGAAGAUGUACCAACGAACCAACGAUGUCGUCGUGAGCGCGACCCUCCUCCUGGUGCUCCUCUCGUUCACGUCCAUUCAAGCGUUCAAAACGAAUCUGCCAGUAGAAAUUCAGCCGGAUAAUCAGGUGGCAGUGAAAUUGGGCCAUAGCCAAACGAUCUUGUGCAAGGCUGCAGUUGCAUUGCAGGUCUGCCGAUUCACUAUACCCGGCGAGGAUAGCCUUGUCCUGACACCGGGGCAACCUUCGGAGGAUGGGAUCGAUUACUACGGCGAGGGCCUUGACAAGGGCCAGUGCGGCGUUACGAUAUCAAACAUUAAGGAGAGGCACGACGGCAAUGUCACCUGCUAUCUCACUCCUGGAAAGGGACGCUCCGAAAGCUACAAUAGCGUACGCAUGAUCGUUGCAAAGCAACCACUGCAUCCACAACUUCACCUAAAUAAAAACAAUGGAGCUUACAAAUCUGGGGAGAAAAUGGAGGUUAGCUGUGUAGCUGUGGAAGGAAGGCCACCCGCGAAUGUUUCACUUUAUUUAGAUAACGAACCCAUUGGAUUCGAUGAAAGACCGAUAAUAUAUGGACGACCAAUUGAGGAAACUCAGGCUAUAUUAAAUACAUCGAGAAGUGUAACGCCAAGUGAUAAUGGCAAAACAUUGCGUUGUGUCGCUGAUCAUAUUGCACUUCAGCAGCCUUUGGAAACAACGAGACAAAUUGAAGUUCACUUCCCACCACAGCCACAGCAGACGAUCGAGCGCUUUGGUUACGCAAUUGGCCGUCCCGGAAAAGUGAACGUGACGGUUCAGGCCAAUCCGAAGCCCAACUUUACAUGGAAAGUCGAUACUGUGAAGAUCAAUGCUGGAAUGCCCGAUGUGUCUGGCCGAUUGCAGACUUCCUCUCCUGUAGACUUGGGUCAUGGAUAUUGGAGUCUCGUUUUGAAUAUUGACAGCGUACAAAAGUCCGAUACAGACAAAGAAUAUAGUUUGGAAGCUCACAACAACGAAGGAUAUGCCGUAUAUAAAAUAAUUUUAUCAUCUUCUUCUGAGCCACCAGCAGGAGCUUUAGGUCGAUUCAAUCAAUUCUACGAUAAGCUCUCCGAACACAUGCACGCACUAGGAGUAGAUUUGGAUGCCGGAUCAAUAAUUGGAAUCGUUAUCGGAGUUUUGAUACUUAUCCUUUGUGUGUUCCUAGUAAUUUUUGCUCGCGCAACUGGACGCUGGUGUUUUGCAGGUGGAUCAAUUAAAAGAAAUAUUGGAGAGUCAGACUUUGCGGAACCGGUGGAGAGCGUUAAUCUACUUCGCUUCGUCAAACCAAAAACAGACGACGCCAGUCCGCGAAGAACGGACACCGAAAGUACUGGACAUUACUCAAGAAGUGAAGUAGAUAUAGGAAAAACUGGGGGACGGAUAAGACCGAAGAUCAGUCUUCCCCAACUUUUUAAGCGGAAGAAGGAUAAGGUGACCGGUACUGAUACCGAUACGGUACGAACAAUCGUGACAAUGGAUGAUGAGAAGCAGAUUUCAUCAGGCGAGAAGACCGCCGGAGCGUUGACAACUGGACACGAGGGAGGCAUCGUCUACGCGGAGCUCGACCUCGCCCACCAAAAUCAAAAGCAGCAGGGUGCGCCGCGUAGAUUAACCGAGGACAAGACCGAGUACGCUGAGAUUCUCUACACGAAGCCCGAAAACCAGGAACAUCCGUUGUCCGAGAAGUAAUUUUACUUCGAUUAAUAAAAUGCCGUCCGAAUUUACGUAUCCCUUAUUAAAAGCAAAACCAGAUAACCGCGAAUCAAUGCGAUUAGGACAAUGUGAUCAGUUUUCUUUCCUCGCUUAUGACUCCGACUCUUCUUUUCAUUGUUGUUCUCUCACUUUCUUCACAUUUUAUCAAGUGGAGAAAUCUGUUUAAUUUAAAUCUUAAAUCUGACUCCCGUUGAUAUAAUGCUAUAUAAAUAUUCUGUUUCUGCAUUAUACUAUCGAAAUAUUACUUUGGUCUAUUUGAUUUAAUCAUGUGCUGAUUUUUUACUAAUUUCAAUUAAACGGUAUACAUUAUAAUAAGGUACAAAUUCUGUAACAUAAGUUUUUAUACUUGCAAACAAAAUAACGUCGGUUAUACUGCUUUAUUUUAUAAACUAGUAUUUACGUGUAAUGCUCUGCAAAAUGAAAUGCGCGAAUUUAAAGGAAAUCAAGAUAUCAAUUAAAUAUAGUGUCAUAGAAUAUAAAUAAUGCACGAUAGAAACUAAUAUAUUUAACGCGGCAAAACAAGCUCAUUUUAUGCAUACAAAUAUAAUGAUGUUUAAGAUUUCAUUUAAAGCAAAAUAUAAGCAUGGUCGAUGACUGUCAUUAUUACAUUGUGUUAGCUGGGCAAACAAAUUAUUUUUAUUAAC